ACAGUAAUGCUGCUCUCCUGCAUGGCCUCUCACACUGCUGGGAUAAUGGAGUACUAAUGUAAAGGAAAGAUGGACUGUCAGAGGUGUGAUAAAGCACACAGACUGAGAGAGGAGCUGAGCUGCAUGCUGGUGGGUGAUGGAGCUGUGGGGAAGACCAGCAUGAUCAUCAGCUACAUCUUCAAUGGCUACAACACAGAGUACAGACAGACGGCAUUUGAUGUUUUCACUGGUUUGGUUCAUGUGAAUGGAAUCCCAACUCGCAUCAAACUGAUAGACACUGCUGGACAGGAGGAGUUUGGCCACCUUCGCUCUCUGUGCUAUGCCCAUGUGGACGUCUUCAUCCUCUGCUUCAGCCUGGUCAAUCCUGUCUCCUUUGACAAUAUCACCUCCAAAUGGAUCCCACAGAUCCGAGCAGGGAAUCCGACUUCUCCCAUCGUUCUGAUUGGAACUCAGUCAGACCUUUGCCACAAUGUGGACGUCCUCAUUCAUCUGGCCCAGCGGAGCAGCAGACCGGUGCGGUGCAGACAGGCUAGAAGGCUCGCACACAGGAUCAGAGCUCACGACUACGUGGAGUGUUCAGCUCUGACACAGCACAACCUCAAAGAUGUGUUUGACUGUGCUGUAUUUGCUGCAAUUAUGCACAAGCACAGUGGAGCUAAAUCCAGAAAGCUCAGCCUGCUUAAACGUUUGAAGUCUUUUUGUGAUUCUGGAUGGAGGAAAUUCUUCAGAUUCAUUUGACGAGAAAGCUAAAGAGUGGAGUGAAUACGCUCAGCCUGGUGGUCACUGUCUGUGUUUGGAUUACUAUACAUUUUUUUUACCAAAGUAUUUUUAUGCAAAAUAUGGCUUGUGCACCAAAAGAACAAGACUUAAAACCUGCGUUGAUAUUUGACAAUUGGUGUCAAACAAUCACUGAAUUCAUUCCGCUACAUAUUCUGCUCUGUGUACCUUUAUUCUUUUUAGCUUCACAAUUAGAUUAUUGCUAUCCGUGUUCAUAUUUGUG